UGGGACACGCGGUGUCACUAUAGAGUCAUGAUAUAAUAUUUAUGUAUCACAAUUUUCAUCAUUUUAACUAUUGGGGACUAUAUUAACUACGUAUAUUUGAUAUUUGCUUCAUUGGAAGAAUUCAUACUCACAAUCCAAUAUGGUAAUUGUUGAAAGAUGUAUGUGCCAAUUUUUAGACAACACUAUAAUUUAUGUCAAAUUUACAUAUAGUAUAGUAUUAAAAUAGUAAAAUGAAUCACGAAAAAGUUAACUUUUAAAUAUCUAUCCAUUGAUAAAGAGGUCUCUCUCUGUCUAUCAUCUGCCUUGUUGCAAUUUUAACAUUGGGAGCCAGUGGAAUGUAAAUAACAUUUGUUGUCUGCUAUUGAGAUGAGAACAUAAUUAUUUAGUCUAUUAUUUCUUACUGCAAAGUGGUCUCAAUUGCAUAUAUAUGAUUAUUAGUUUUUCGAAGUUUUAUCCUCACUUUGUGGCGAAUUUUGACUCCCCAUAGCAGAUAAAUGUGUUUAAUUACAUGAAGGGUUACUUUUGAUACGAUUUGAAAAAAAUGGGAAAAAAAGGGCAUCAUCUGUGAGAGCUAUUCAACUACGUUAAUUAAGUUGUAUAGACAGUAGGACACAGUUCCCUGAUUCCAAGAUGUUUCGACAUUUUAUUCAAUGAAACACACUCUAUUUGUCUCUGAAACAAGGAUGUAUGCAUCAGAUUGCACCAUUAUUGUCUCAGUAAUAUUUCAAGUCAAUCGCUGCCAUGUAAUCGAAAUUGCGUUUUUUUGCUAAUAACUUAAAUGCUGCGGUGACUUUUUUUUCUUUAAUAAAUCGGAUCAUUUUUUUCAAAGAAUCCAAUAGUGACGUUUUUUAAUUGCAAUUUCUUUUAGUUUAUUACGCAGUGCAGGCUUGCCAAUUUGUACUGAUAUAGAGCUUUUAUUGACCAUCUCAGUGUAGUACUAAAAUAUAUUUAAUGUCCAAUUUUUAUAAUGGUAUACUUGUUAGUUGCAGGAUUACAAUAUCCUAUUAAAAUCAACUGUGGCCUAUCCACACAACACAGCAUAAAUACCCUGUCUGUAUAGAUUUUGCUUCGGGAUAGAAAAUAUCGAAAAUGGUGAAAGUGAAGCAAGUAAAUGUAACAGCAAAUUAUGCAUGGAGUCCAGCAGAAUUGCACCCAAUACAGCUCGCAACUGCCACUGCUGCCCAACAGCUUGAUGCAACAUUCAGUACAUCUGCGAAUUUGUCUCUGUAUUCAGUAGAUUUGGCAGAUUCUUCUAAGGAAUUAAAGCUUGCUGGACAAGUUGACAUCCCCACCAGAUUCUAUAAAGUGAUAUGGGGAAACACUGGGUAUGAAUCAUCAACUGGGGAGAGCAAAGGUCUCAUCGUUUGUGGUGCUGAUAACGGACUUAUCAAUAUUUAUGAUCCAACCAAAUUGAUAGAUAAUACUGAUAGUGAGGCUGCAUUGGUGAAUACCAACAACAAGCAUACAGGACCAGUCAAAGCUUUGGACUUCAAUCCAUUUCAGAAAAAUCUAUAUGCUUCUGGAGCAACUGAUAGUGAGAUUUUUAUUUGGGAUUUGAAGAAUCCAUCGAAUCCUAUGACACCUGGGAAAAAGACUGAACCACUUGCUUCUAUCAGCUGCGUAGCUUGGAAUCGUCAAGUUCAGCACAUUCUUGGAUCAUCUACCAGUGUAACAUCAGGUCCUUGUUGUGUCGUCUGGGAUUUGAGAAAGAAUGCACCAAUCAUAAAAGUUUCUGAUCCAUCUGGAAGAAUGCAAUGUAGUGAAAUAGCAUGGCAUCCAGAAGUUGCCACUCAACUCGUACUUGCUUCAGAAGAUGACAGGUCACCUGUUGUACAAUUAUGGGAUCUCAGAUUUGCUAAUUCACCUUUGAGAGCAUUAGAAAAUCAUCAUAGAGGUGUGUUAUCAGUUGCCUGGUGCCAACAAGAUCCAGAUUUAUUGUUGUCGUGUGGAAAAGAUAACAGAGUUCUAUGCUGGAAUCCUAACACUACUCCACCUGAGAUAUUAUAUGAAAUGCCAAGUGCUGCACAAUGGUGUUUUGAUGUCCAGUGGUGUCCAAGAAAUCCAGCCAUGGUUUCAAUGGGAUCUUUCGAUGGUCAUAUCAGUAUUCAUUCGAUGAUGGGGGGAUCGACUUAUACAGAGAUGCCAAGCAAGCAACAACAAGAUGCUUUGGCGGAAUCAUUUGGAGGGAAUGCAUUCGCCUCUGCACCUGAUGUUCAUCAACCACAAAGUCCAAAAAAAGUGAUCAGCAUGCCACUGAAGAAACCGCCCAAGUGGAUUUGUAAGCCGUGCGGUUCAACAUUUUCAUUUGGAGGAAAACUUGUAACGUUUGAAUCAACAAAGCCAUCAAAUAAUGAAGAACAGCAAGUUGUUAGAAGGACAGUAACAAUUCAUCAGGUUGUCACAGAGAAUGAUUUUAUCACAAGAUCAGAAGAACUACAAACCGCAUUGUCUUCAACACAAUAUGCAGAUUAUUGUCAAAAGAAAUUGGAAUCAGCUAGUAGUGUAUUUGAGGAAGAUUUAUGGAGUUUCAUGAAGGCCAAGUUUGAAAGUGAACCAAGGAAACAAUUUCUUCAUCUACUUGGUUAUGAUGUAAACAAAAUCAGAGCAAAGAUCACCAGUUUGAUCGGUGCAGAAGAAGAAGAAAAAUUAGCAACAAAGAUGGAUGAUCUUUCUACGAGUAUUGAUUCUGCAGACACAAGUCAGUCUGGUGAAGGUGCGGAAGCUUUUGAGUUGAUCGCGGCAAAUAAAUCAGCAGAAUCGAUAAAAAGUACAACCGAAAGCCCGAUGAAACCACUUGUCAUUCCAUCAGGCGAUACUGACCCAGACAGUUUGAUCAGUCAAGCUCUAUUGGUUGGAGAUUAUGAAUCUGCUGUUAAUUUGUGUUUGCGAGAGAACAGAAUGGCUGAUGCAAUUGUUCUUGCUAUUGCCGGUGGACCACAACUGUUAGAAAGAACACAGAAGGCCUAUUUUUCAAGAUGCACUUCUAAAAUUGGGAGGCUUAUGCUGGCUGUUGCCACAAAAAAUUGGGCAGAAAUUGUUCGAUCAUGUGAUCUUGGAAAUUGGAAAGAAGCUCUUGCUACUUUACUUACUUAUUCUAAUAAAGAAGAAAUGAAUGCUCUGUGUGAUGAACUUGGUGAAAGAUUGGAAGCCAAUCCUGAACAAAAAAUCCAUGCUUGUUUGUGUUAUGUUUGUUCCGGUAAUGUGGAAAGAUUAGUAAGAUGUUGGGAUAGUGUGGCUCAAGUUAAAGACACUGAAAAAGCAACACCGGAAGCUCUACAGGAUCUUAUUGAAAAAGUAAUGGUGUUGAGGAAAGCCGUUGAAGGAAUGGUAGGACUUGGUAUCGGACACGCUGCUGCUGAAAAGUUAUCAAGUUAUGCGAGCAUCUUGGCUUCACAAGGAAAAUUGGAAGCAGCUCUGGGAUAUUUGCCUGAUUCAGUGGAAAAGCCCGAAAUUCAACUUCUGAGGGAAAGAUUGCGAUAUGCUCUUGGUGUACAGCAACAACAACAACAAAACUAUCAAAGACAACAAUAUUCGCGAGGAACAACUCAACAGCAACCUGGUUACAGACAACCUGGAUAUGUACAACCAGUUCAACCGCAACCAACUUUUCAACCAAUGCAGAACCAAUCACAACAACCAGUUGUACCAGAUUCUGCAAUUAAUAAUCCUUACUCAGCAAACAGAAGGAUACAACCAAAACCUGGUUAUACAGCGUCAGCACCUGGCAAUCUCUAUAUUCCCCAGCAACCAACUACGACAUCGGGAGCACCUAAUACUAUGAAUGGAUAUAGUCCAGCAAUGGCCUCAGCACAGCCUUUUGCACCUCAAAACUACAAUCUAAUGACGCCAACACAGCCAAUUUCAGCUCCUGCACCUUUAGCUCCUGGUAUGCAACCAGGUUUUCCACAACCAAUGCAACCAGGCAUGGCACCGGUCAGUGCUCCAAAUUACAUAAUGCAACCCAAUGGACCUCCCGGUGCACCGGUUGGAGCUCAGGCUGCUUUCAUUGAAACUCCAGUUCAAACAGUGACAGAAGAAAAUGAUAAUAUCUGUGAGCCACAAGCUCCUGCACCAUCAUUACCAACAUCAGCAGCUAAAGAUGUCCCAAAAGCCCCCAUUCCGCAAGAACAUCAAAUACUUCACACUCAUUUCGAUAAUCUCAUCAAACAAUGCUUAGCUCAAGCUAGCAAUGCGCAAACAAAGCGGAAAUUGGAAGAUUGUGAAAGAAGAAUGGAAUUUUUAUACGACAAACUUCGUGCCAACACGCUUUCUCCACAUAUUGUUACUGGGCUUCACCAAGUGGCACAAUUUGUCAGUGCACACGACUACGCUUCAGGAUUGCGACAACACACUCAAAUUGUGUCAAGCUCUAACUUUUCUGAAAUUUCUGCUUUUAUGCCUGGACUAAAGAGCAUGUUGCAGAUUGCAAGUCAAAUGAGAGUUUGAGAAUCUUGGAAUGGAUUUGAUUGAGAAAAGGCCAAGGAUAAACAUGUACCCAUAUUGGAAAUGGAUUUCAUCCAAGCAAAUUAUAGAGCACUUUCUUGUCUGUAUAUCUAUAUCUCAUACAUGGCCGAAUUUGAUUCUCGUCUGGAUAACUUGCAUGUAAACUUGGAUCGGUUUCCAUCUUUUGAUCUACUUUAGGAAUUACUUAAAACAUCUAUGGCCAAGUAUGAUUGAUGCAUGUCGCUUCUUGUUCAGUGUUUUAAGAGUGUUCUCAUUUGACUGAAUACUAUUCUUCUGCUGCCUAUGUUAGUUUAUUUGUUUAAUGUGCCGUUGGUAUCGCUUAUAAUUUGUAUUAUUUGGUUGCUAGGAACAUCAGAGUUAUAUCAAAUGUGUUGCUGUAAUCUUUAUUCUCUUUGUAUAACUCGCUCUUUCAUUGCACUCAAUAUAAAUAGGCUGAUGUAAAAUUUAGCGCAAGUAAACUAGGCUUUUACUGGUACUUAUUCGUUGUGACAAACAAUUCUAUGCCAAAUAUGGUCGACGUUUUUCAUUGUCCAUUUGUUCUUGUUUUGGAUUUGGUGUAUGCGAAACUUUUCCUUGAGGAUUCAUUUAUGCUUGUCCUUUUGUGGUGCAUUUUUCUACCAUUUUGGAGAAUUUUUAAAUUUAUGUGGAAAUGUGCAAUCUUAGAUGAAAUUGCUCAUUUAGAUUUGUUCGAUUUGUUUGAAAAGGUUUUUAUGGCUGAAAUCCAAGCUGCUGUUGCAAAUACCCUAUUCUUGUAUAGUUUUGGUGUGGUGAUGGCAUUUUGGAAGCAUUUGUAUUUUUUUGUCUUGCUGAAUACGGUAUAAAGAAUUUGAUUAUCAAAAAACAACUGCAAUAUAUAAAGCCUAUACCUGCUCUUAUAGAAAUUUGGACUUCAACAGUAGACAUUAUUAAAUUUUCUGAUAUUUCAGCAUUUAAGCUGAAUGUAAAAAAGGUUCAACUUUAGAAUGGAUAAUACAAUCAUAUUAGAUGCAAGUAUAUUAUUAAUUCAUUGCGCAAAUAGCAUUCCUAAUAAUAAUCCUAUACUUGAUAAAGAACUUAACUUAGAACAAUGGCAUUUCAUAAUUGAAAUGAACAAUAGCCAAAAGUGACUCAUGAAAACCGGUUUACUUCAGAUACAAAUCAUAAUAUGAACUUAUUUUCCAGUUUCCAGGUGCCAAUUUGUGUGUAAUGUCCAAGUGUAAUUUGUAGGCAAUUUUUAGUUGGAAAAAAAAAACUUUUCCAAUUUUUGUACAUAGUUUCUGGAAGUGGAUGAAAGUUUAUAAUAAGCUUGUAUAGAAAAAAAAGGUAUAUAGAUGUUUAUCACAUGGUCGGUGUUGGCCAAUGUAAAUACAUUUAAAAGGUUAGUCUGUGCCUUUAUUGCCUUGGGUUAAUCUUGACACGUGACUGUAUUUAUUUUUUGAAAGAUUCAUCCAGUUUUAUCCUGUUCUAAAGGUAAUGUGAUUGUUUCUAGGAAAAUAAAGGCUACUAUAUUGUAAAAAGCA